CAGGCACAAAGAGCCCACACAGCUGACCCUAAUACUAAAACCUGAUAGCUGCUGUCCAAACAUGCAUGCAUCCGCUCGGUCUUACCUCCUUGACAGCGACGGCUGCUCCGAGUCCGAGUCCGAGUCCGGGUCCCCCCCCCACGCACUUACGUUGACUCAAAACCUUUUGCUUUCAAGAAGCGUGAUUUUUUUUUAUGCUGCACGGAGCCGAGCCCGCGUCUGGAGGAGAUGCUGUGUGUGUGUCUGCUCGGCGGCGUUUGAAGCCCGUCGCUUUUCCUUUUCUGCCCCUCGCUGUAAAAAUACAACUCCAGCCCGUAAAGCUUCGAUCAAACGCGCAACUUACGUUUCUGAGCCAAUAAACGUUGACGGCGGUUGCUGGCGCCAAAUGGAAGAAGGAGAGCGCGCUCACACGUCGCUCCGAUUAACGAAUUAGCACAAAGACUAAUAAAUAAAACAGCGUAAUGUCGCGGUUUUGUGCAGCUGCGCGGUAAAUAAACAUACAAACGCAACCGCCGGGGGUAAAGGAAAGAACUUUACUUACCCCUAGUGGACGGUAAAACUCACUACAACGAGUUUGCGCGUUUGCAACAACUUUACGGUUAGACGGACGGAAUGACGGACGUUGAGGAAAGGUGACGCAGCAACGCGAGGACCAAUCGGCGUCCGGCAGGGGGGCGGGGCCAACCAGAGAUAACGGACUCCGUCUGUCGCUGCUAACGGACACCGUCUGUUGACAAUGUGUGGAUUAUGAAAGCUGCACGGUGUGUGUGUGAGUGUGUACGCCAUAAGGGGAGAGCAACAUGUCGGCCACCGGUCUAGAGACACAGUGAACGUCUGUCCUCCUCUGAUCUGUGUCCACAGUCAGUGAGAUGUCUCUGGCUCAGAGGGUUUUGUUGACCUGGGUCUUCACCCUGGUCUUCCUCAUCAUGCUAGUACUCAAACUGGACGGGAAGGUGCAGUGGAACUGGUUCCUCAUCUUCCUCCCCGUCUGGGUGUUUGACGGCAUCCUCAUCCUCAUGCUUGCCAUCAAGAUGGCAGGCCGGUGCAAGCCUGGCUACGACCCUCGCAACGGCUCCCCGGACCUGCGUCUGCGCGCCUGGUACCUGACGGCCAUGCUGCUCAAGCUGGGCUUCUGCCUGACGCUGUGCGCCAAGCUGGAGAAGCUGGCGGACGUGAAGCUGACGUUUGUGUGCAUACCACUGUGGACCAUGUUACUGGGGGCGCUGGUGGAGCUGGGGCUGAAUAUCUUUCCGGAGAGGAGAGAGGCCUGAGAGGGAUUCAAACGUGUGGUUCAAACCUCAACAUGAAUCAUUAGUACAUGUUGAGAAUAGUUUUGUGUUUGGUUGACCGUGACUUUGUGAAGUUGGAGCUUUUAGUUUUGGCCUGAUUUUGUUUCCAGAGAUGGCUGAGGCUCAAGCAGGAAUCAAAUCAUUCUCUCAGACGGUGGUGUUCAUCUUAAGAAUAAGAGUGUGUGUAAAAAUAAAUAAAAUAGUGUGCUCAGACGUCAGUGGAGUAUGCUGCAAGGGCUUCGACAAGGCAGGGACUCUGCUGUCUGUGCAACUGAAGAGCUGCUAUUGAUUCAGUCGCUAUCCAUUCGUUUAAAACGAUCAAAAUAGCUCUAAGAUUGCUCUUCUUUACAAAGACAAAAAAAAAUGCCAUAAGGGGAUCAACUGUGUGUAUAUAUGAAUCUACUGUGAAGCCUACACUGGAAGAAACAUUAACGUCCUCUAAUGUUUGCUUUUGCUCAGUAUUGUUUAUUUUCACUGCGUAUAAGCUAGCGCAGCUGCUCUUGUAAAUGAACUUGGGGAGCUGAAUGGUAUUUAGUGAGUUUUGACUCCACUUCCUUUAUUUAAGCUGCGUAACUGAUUAACCACCACUCUUGGUACCAGAAUCAUGGAGUGUGUUGUUGUUUUUCUACAUAUGCUUUAGAUAUUUUGAGGCACUUUUUUUUCCUUUUCAUUCCUGAGCUGUGGAGAGUAUCUGGCCAAAUAUUAUUUCACAAGUUAUGAAUUAACUUCAGAAGGUGUUCGUGACAACAGCUCGGUAUUGGCUGCAAGCGCGUAAGGAGUCGAUAACUUAAAAGAAUUUGAGAAAUUGCUCGGGACGUAAAAGCAUCUUGGAAUGUCUUGUGAUGUUUAUUUUUUUUACACAGGCCACCGCCCCUCCCGCUCUUUACAAGGUCUCUUUUGUACCAUGUAAAUCAUCAUGUGCCCCACGAAAAUGAACAAGCUGUUAUUAGGUACAAAGGUCCAAGGUCACUUGGGGGGGGGGGAAACAAAACCCUUGACAUGUAUCAUACUUGGUGACCAAAGUGAAUCUAAAUUAAGUUUAGGGUGUAAACUUUGAGUGCUUUCUACCAGCAGUUUUUAGUGUUAAUUGCGUCAUAUUCCAAAUUUACGGUACAGCUGACACUGACUGACAUUUGUUUUGUGCCAUUCGAUUUGUCGAUUAGCAUUUCAAAUACAUUCUUUGCAUUGUUUUGCACUAUGUUGAAAAUGAAAAGGAAUGGCUGUUUUGAGAUUGAAAGUAUUUGAUAAUUAAUGCAUGUCUUGUAAAAAUAAAUAAAUGGUUUCCAUACUUUAA